CAUGUAGGUCACUGAUUUAUUGCACUGCUGUACUACGUAUGAAUUGCUGGGAAAGUUGCAGUCAAUUUUAUAGCCUAAGAAUCUCAUCUUAAGAGAUGUAUUUAAUUGGAGGAAAUCAAAAUGCUAAAGUUUAUGAUGAGAAAGGAUUUUUCCUCAAGUAUUACUGUAUUGCACUGUAUUUUGUUUAUGUCAUUUGUUUAAGAGUGCAUAAUUGCUUUCUUUGUGUCAUUGUUUUUUUCAGAAUUUACAGACAUAAACUAAACAUGUUGAGCUGUGUUAUUCCUGAGCUUGAUGAAGGAAAUAUCUGUCCUGCUUGUCCCAAACAAAUGAACGUGACGCCAAGAGUUUGUAAAUUACAUGCAAUUUUUCGUCGUGGUAUAGUGAACUAUCUAUCUCGACCUUAUUUAAACCUGAACAUUUUUACGAAGAUGGUUCGAAAGUUCCCUGCAAUCUCCCACCAGUUUAAAGAAGCAAAAGACAAAGUAGGAUCUUUAAUUCAAGAUCCAGGGAAUGAAUUGAAGUUAAAGAUGUACGCCCUUUUUAAGCAGAGCUCAAUGAUCUCGACCUUAUUUAAACCCAUUGAACUCUACAACAACUGGAAGGCUAACUUGGACGCCAUCUUUGAAGCCUGCACGAGCGCCGCCAUUGAAGGUACGGAGGCGAAAUACAUCACUUCGAAAUUGCCGAAUUUUUUUGCAAAAAACAGUGGUCUUCAAGCCAGCUUAAUGUCUAAAAAUCUUAAACAAUGUUUGGAGAUUGUUUUUUAUAAUUUAUUGUACGAACAUUUUUACUUGCUAAAACUUACACAUUACUUGAAGUCGUUUGAGAAGUUCCUUUCUCUUAAAUUUAUUCUUAAGUUUAUCAUACAUUACAUUACAGAUGUAAAUUUUUUUUUGGGUCUAAGGACAUGAGAGUAGAAAACAUUGAGGUGUAAAAUAAUCUCUAAACACGAAAGAUGCCGCUACUAUACUGGGGAAAUGCCAGUAAAUUUGAUGAUCAAUUUUCACAUGUUUUAUACUUGUUGCGAGGUAUGUCAUUUUGUACGUUUUAUGUAAAUUUUCGUGAAUUAAAAAUACUGUGAAAAGUCCCAAAUGGAUUGCCAGCUGAUGAAAAAUCAUUUUACACCUUAAUGAUUUCUUCCUCUAAAUUGUUUUCAUCAGUUACCAUGUUGGGGCAAAAUUCCAUACAGUGAAAAGAAUUUCUGCUAAUUUUAUGCUUUGCUGAGCUUCGACACUCUCAUGUACUCUCCCAACAUGGCUUAUAUGACGUCAAAAGAAAACACACUAUAGCUACGGUUGAAUGAAAACAGCCCCAAACAUCAUUAAAUAUUUGUUAAAAUUGCGUA